AUGUCGGAGGAUGUAGUGGCAAAAGAUAAGCCCUCCAAUUCCUGUUGUGCAAUGUGGGAUGAGAGGUACUCAAAACUGCAGCAGAAAUACACGAAACUGGAAGAGCGUCGGAAUGCUCUUCGAACCGGCGUGGGAAUGCUGAAGCAGCAACUUGAUCAGAUUGAAACCGAGAAACUCAAUCUCAAGCAAGGGGUUUGA